AGCUCUGAUCUGUGUUACAGUUCUGUAUUUCUGCAGGAGAACUGACUCAGAAGGAAGAUGUCGACAAGCUCAGCAGGAUUUAUGCUGUUCUUGCUCUCUCAAUGCACUGUGUCACUGAGCACCAAAGAGGCAGUGGUCCUGGCUAAUGCCCACCUUCUCCCCAAGAGAGACUCUGAGAGACUGGGUAAUGCCAAUGAAAAAGACUAUCCAAGAGAUUGUUUUGAGAUUUUUCAGCGCUCCAAAGGAAAUUCCAGAGAUGGUCUUUACAUCAUCCAACCAAAAGAGGACCCUAUUGUUGUCUCUUGUAACAUGCAGGAUGGUGGCUGGACAAUAAUCCAGCACAUUACUGCCAACAGUACUGUCGACUUUGACAGGACCUGGCAGGACUACAAAUAUGGAUUUGGCUCUGUUCAUGAGAACCACUGGUUAGGAAAUGAAUAUAUGCAUCAGUUAACUAGCAGCUCUGUGCAAUAUAUACUUGGAGUUAAACUUGUAAACCUAAAUGCUGAAAUUAAAUGGGGACAGUAUGAACCAUUCCUUAUUGAAGGUGAGGAAUCUCAAUACCGCAUUAGGGUCGGUCUAUACAAAGGUAAUGCCACUGAUGCGCUGACCCUGGACACAGAAGCCUAUCUCCAUGACAACCAGAAGUUCACCACCAAGGACAGAGACAAUGACAAUUACUUUCUGAAUUGUGCUAAACUGGAACUCAAUGACAUUCCUGGGGGAGGCUGGUGGUACGACGCGUGUGCUGGAGCAAAUCUAAACCGUAGGAACAUGAUAUACUGGCAAAAAGACUGCAACAAGCAACGCCUAUGCAAGUUUGCAUGGAUGAUGAUCAAACCCAUUGAGCACCACCUGUCAUCUCCAUCAAGGUCCUGCCCGUGUCAGAAAAUUGAACUGUAGAUAAGCCAUGUGUACUUUGAAAGGAACAUGGACUUUUUGUCCAGUGACUGAACUGAACUCACUGACUGAAUAAUCACACUAAGUAAACAUGGUUGAAAAUUUAAAUUGGGCCUCUGCAAGGGAUUUAUGAUAACAUAUCUUCCAGGACUGGACCAUGUCAUAGAAAUAUGCCAACCACACAAGUGAGAAACUGUCAGAAACUGAGGCCUCUACCAUAAGAUUUAAAUAAACAGAAGAUUUAAAAAAUUCAUUUUAUAGUAUUUUAGCCAUAAGACAAGCCAGGUAUGAAAUCCAGGAUAUGAUGUCUUAUACAAUAUAUACAUGAAUAUAAAUGCAUUUCAGAAGGUUUUGUUCCAGUAUCAAUGUUCAUGAUUGAUCUCCUAUAAUUGCACAUCUUCAUAUAUCAUGCAUGAGAGAAAUUUCCAGUGAAGUGCCUACAUUUACAAAAUGCAUAUUGAAGAGUAUUGUGUACCAUAGGGCAGCAACAGGCCUUUUCUUUCUAACUUUAGUGAACAGUAUUUUAAUUUAUAAAAUUGGAAUUAGCCUUAUCUCCCAUGGCUUCUUUCCCCAUUCACUGACUCUUCUUUUAUCUCUACUUUUUAAUGAUCCCAUACACAUUGAAAUAUUCAGCAUAGGCUUUUCUUUUCUUCCUUCAAUUUAGAGCACCCAGGACUAAUGGGAUUGUCAGCUUUGCCAUUUAAAGCUACUAAUCCAAAGCUUACAACCCAUCUGAAUAUUUCCCCAAGAAACUCAGACAACACAUUUUUUAAAAGAUCAAAUUGAUU